UGCAUGGAAAACCACACUAUAACAACAUAUCUACCACAACUACGUAGGUACAUUACAUAGAUAGUGUGAAACAAUGAGUGCCAUUGGAAUUUCAGGUUUGGCUCAUUUGUUUGGCAUCAUAUCCAUCAUACUCUUACUUGUUUGGUUGGUGCAUUACCGCGAGGGGAUCGACUAUGAUUCCGAUGAUGGAUUCCGCGUCUUCAAUGUACACCCUUUAAUGAUGUUUUUGGGCUUUAUUUUCCUUGUUGGUGAAGCAAUUAUGGCAUUCCAAACGGUACCAGGAGAAAGACCUAAGGGAAAGUUUGUUCAUAUGACACUUCACUUGAUUGCUAUUGUUUUAGGCAUAGUUGGUUUGUGUGCUGUUUUCAAAUUCCAUAAUAUGGGAAACAUUGCAGACGUUUAUAGCCUUCAUUCAUGGAUUGGUAUUAGCACCUUCUGCUUGUUUGGUUUGCAGUGGCUAAUUGGUUUGAUUACAUUCAUGUUUCCUGGUGCACAAGCUCAAACAAGAGCUAGAAUGCUUCCAUGGCACAGAGCAAGUGGUAGAGUCUUACUUUUCAUGGCAAUUUGUGCUGCAGAAACAGGAUUGAUGGAGAAGGCUGGCUUCAUAGGUCUGAAGGCACAUCAUAGAGAAACUAAAUUGGUCAAUUUUACGGGUCUUUCAAUUCUCUUGUUUGGAGUUUUUGUCGAAAUGUCUGUUGGUGUUCGUUAAUUAGUUUGCAUAGCGCGUUUUCUACCUUACAUUCGCAAAGAGAAAAUAACGGUCUCGAUAAAAGAAUAAAAAAGGUGCAUGAUUGAGUUCAGCGACAAUGUUAGAAUAAAUUGAAGACGAUCUAGAUUCAUUUCUUUUGUCUUUUUGCAUUAUUCAUUUUGUAAUGAUUAAAAAAUAUUGACAACCGUUAUUAGUUCAAA